UCUCGGUUACCCAUUCGAAGAGGAAAAUCAUUUUUUUGCGGUUUUCCUCCUUUAAUCUCAUUCUGAACGGCAAGGAAAAACUGUCUUUCACGACGAAAUCCUUAAUGUUUGGUUUCUUGAAAACUCUCAGCCGUAAUCCAUCAUUCUGUCGAGAUUUAUUUUUAUAACUCCGCUGAGGAAAACAACAAUAUGGCUUCCGUUAGUAAUCACGGAAACUCCAUAGUCAUUGAAGACGACAGCCAAUUUCAGCAACAACUCAAUCAAGCUGGGAACAGACUGGUCGUGGUAGAUUUUAAUGCAUCUUGGUGUGGCCCAUGCCGUAUGAUGGCCCCUGUGUUUUCAAAUUUGAGUGUGAAAUAUUCAGCAGCUGUUUUUCUGACUGUUGAUGUUGAGAAGUGUCAGAGGACUGUUGUACAGCAGGGAAUCAGUGCCAUGCCAACAUUCUUCUUCUUCAAGAACAGAAAGAAAGUGGAUGAAAUGCAGGGAGCAAACCCCAAAGGCCUGGAAGACAAAAUCAAUCAGUGGAUUGGAGGCGCUGUGGAGACAAUGUCUGUGGAUCCUAAGAGAGUUGCAACAGGUCGUAGCUGGGACUGUUUUGAACAGCUCCUGGACAACCCGCGGGAAGUCUUCAUGGAUGUGUCACAGCUUCUGCUUAGGUUUGCAUCCAACAUCAUCAACAAUCCUGAUAAUCCAAAGUACCGAGCCAUUAAAGUCAGCAACAAGAUUUUCCAGUCACGGCUUCUUCCAGUAAAUGGAGCUGUGGAAUGCCUCUUCACCAUGGGAUUCAAAGAGAGAGGUGAUCAACUAGUGUGCCCACAAGGUGAAUCCUUAGAAAAUAUGUUGAUUCUUCAGGACGCGUUGAAUGACGAGAGAAGUCGUCAUAGCAAUGCACAGGAACUUGAACCUACUCCAACUCCAGCACCAGUCAACCAACCUCAAAGCAAUGGUCCUUCGUGCGCACAACCAACUAUUGUUUCCAGUCCAGCUGCUAAUCCGUCGGACAAGGAAAGGGACUUUCUUUUGAGACUUCAUAGCUCGUUACAACAUGUGCUUCUUUACGAAGAUAAAGAUUUGCAACAAAGAGCGCGGGAAAUGAUUCCCCUGGCUGAGUUAGAGAAGAGAGCUAAAGAAGCCAGCGAGAGAACUAAACAGGGAGGGGAUGGUGGGGUAGAUGAAAGAGAUUGCCUUGUGUUAGAACUUCUAAAUUGGUUUAAAGGUACUUUUUUCAAGUGGGUGGACAAACCUUCCUGCCCGUCAUGUGGUUCUCUGACGUUCGCUAUUGGUGUGGUUCCCCCGACACCUGAGGAAAUGGCCUGGGGGGCUGGGAACGUGGAGAGUUAUAAAUGUGUGUACUGUGGAAAGGUUACAAGAUUCCCGAGAUACAAUCACCCUGCAAAACUUUUAGAAACACGCAGAGGCCGAUGCGGUGAAUGGGCCAAUUGUUUCACAUUAUGCUGUCGAGCUAUAGGAUUUGAGGCGCGACACAUUUUGGAUUGGACAGAUCACGUAUGGACAGAAGUGUAUUCUGAAGCUCAGCAGAGAUGGCUGCAUUGUGACUCCUGUGAAAACGCCUGCGAUAAACCGCUGCUUUAUGAGGCUGGCUGGGGAAAGAGACUCAGUUAUAUCAUAGCGUUCUCUCAUGAGCAGGUUUUGGAUGUGACAUGGCGAUACUCUGCCAAGCAUGAGGAGGUGAAAAAGGCGAGAAAUUUAGUGUCAGAAGCCUGGUUAGUGGAGACGUUAAACAGAAUGACUGAAGAGCAUCAAAGAAACCUUAGUGAAGCUAGGCGAAAAGUUUUGGCGGAGCGUCAGGUGAAGGAAUUGGUUGAGUUCUUUACCAUAAAGUCUGUGCGUCAUGAUGAACUGCAGGGCCGAGUGUCAGGUUCUUUGGCCUGGAGGCUGCUUCGAGGCGAAACAAAACAACAAGCAGAUGAAGAGAAGCACGAGCCUUAUAUUUAUAAACCUACUGACGAGGAAAUCAAGGAAAAAAGACUACGCCUGUGCUUUAAUUGCGUGAUGAAUAAAUAUUUCCGAGGUUAUGAUAGAGAGUUAGAUCUUUCUGGUUGGCAGUCGAGAGUGGCUUCAUUCAGUUCUAUCACACGUAAAGUCGAGAGGGACUGGAAAAUGGUUUACCUGGCGCGAACAGAAACUGCUUCAACUGGCCACAUAACCUGGCAAAUAGAUUUAAAUUCCUGUGAUCUUGUGAUCGACAGUGUUACAAUAAUAGCUAGGAGCGACACUUUUCAGACUGGACGGGUGGACUGGAAACUAAGUGGGGAUGAGGAGAAUCAAGUAGAAAUGCUAUCAGGAGGCCAGGAAUCCACCAUAACGUCCGUACUCAGUGGCUCCAAAACUCUCAAAUUGACGGCCACGAUCAGUGGCGGGAAAGGAGACGUUGCUUGGCAACACGCUCAGAUUUUCCGUCAGUCAUUCAGCAGUCAAAGUGAAUAUCCCUUGGAUAUCUUAGUCUCUAUGAAAGAACCUUCACGUAAUACUCAUCUUUAAGGCUUGUGACCCUAGAGUUUGUUGCUACAGUAAAAUCCUACUGAAAUGAGCUCGUCGCACGAGCAAAUUGUUAACAACACAGUUGUCAAACUCGAGCAUGCGAAAGGG